AUGGCGCGGGACGCGAACGCGGCGACGCGCGUGCAGCGGCGCUGGCGCGGCGCGGACGCGCGGCGCGAGGCGCGCGGCCGCCGGCUGCUCGCGGCGCUGCGGCGGCGCGAGCGGAGCGCCGCCGUGCUCCAGGCGCGCCGGCGCGGCGCCGCGGCGCGGCGCCAGCUCCUCCGGGACCGCGAGGCCGACCGCGCGCGCGCGGCCGUCGCGCUCCUCGACGCGUGGCGCGACGGCCACGCGCCGCUCGCGCGGCGCCAGGCCUGCUGGGACGCGCUCUGCGCGGACCGCGGCGCCUGCGACCUGCGCGCGGCGACGGCGCGCCUCGCGGGCGCCCGCGCCGAGGCCGCGCGGUGGCGCGCGGACCCGCCGCGGUCGCCCGCGGCGCGCCGCGCGGCCGUCGCCGCGGAGCGCAAGCAGGUCUACGCGUUCCUCAAGGCGUCGGACGCCCGCGCCGUGGAGCAGGUCGCCCGGGCCUUCGGGCUGCGCGGCGCGAAGCGGCGGAAGCGCCGCGUCGUCAAGGCGCUCUUCGAGGACGCGGCCGUGGCGGCCGCGUCCGCGGCCGUCGUCCGCCGCGCGCGCCACGACGGCGAGCCCGACGCCUACUUCGUCGACGGCGCCCACAGCCCCAGCGACCAGGGCACCUGGCGCAUCACGGUAACGGGACCGGAGAGCACGGUCGCCGCCGUCAAGGGCGUCAUCGCGGCGGAGAAGCAGGUCGCCGUGGCGAGGCAGAAGCUGUCGUCGGACCCGCAGGGCACGGCGGAGCUCGACGACGGCGGGACGCUCGCGUCCCAGGGCCUGUCGGCGAACGGGUCCAUGCUCUACCUGACCGUCGCCGACGACGAGCCGGCGCCGCCGGCCGCCGCGGCCGCGCCCGCCGCGCCCGCGCCGCGGCCGCCCGUCGCGCCGUCGGCUUUGUCGAGCGCCGGGGAGCGGUUCCUCGGCGGCGACGGCCAGGGCGCGACGGACGCGGACGACGAGGCGGCCAUCGCGCGGGCCAUCGCCGAGGCCCAGGCCGAGUUCGAGGCCGAGGGCGCGCCCGCGUCGCCGACGGUGCGCGCGCCGGACGCGUCGACGCGCGAGGCGCUCGUCGGCCCGGCCGCGGGCGACUUCUACGGGGGCAACGAGGACCUCCCGGCGCUCAUCGCCGACCUCCUGGGCGGCGUCGACGCGCCGGCCGUCGACCACGCGGCGCUCGCGGGCGUCGACGACGACGGCGGCUCCGACGACGACCUCGCGCUCGCGCGGCGCCUCCAGGCCGCCGAGGCCAACGGCGACGCGGAAAUCGACCCAGACGAGGACCCGGACGAGGCCCUGGCGCGGCGCCUCAACGCCGCCAACGACGACACGGACAGCGGCGACGCCGCGCUCGCGCGCAUGGUCGCGGCGCGCGACGCGGAGCAGGAGCGCGCGGCGCGCGCGCGGCGCGCGCUGGGCCUCGGCGGGCCGCGCAUCCCCCGGGACCGCGGCGGCGCCGACGCCGCGCGCCAGAUCCUCGGCGACCUCCUCGGCGGCGGCGCGGCGGGCGGGCUCGGCGGCGGCGGCGGCCUCGGGGGCGGCGGCGGCGACGACGACGACGAGCAGCUCCAGCGGGCGCUCCUCAUGUCGCAGGCCGGCGGCGACGAGAUCGCCGCGGGCGCCGACGAGCAGCUCCGACGCGCGCUCGCGAUGUCUCGCGGCGACGCGCCGGCCGCGCCGCCGCCGCCCGCGGACGACGACGACGCGCUCGCGCGCGCCCUCGCCCUGAGCCUCGGCGACGGCGACGGCGGGGGCGGCGCGCCGCCGCCGGCGUCGCCGCGCGCGGCGACGCCGCCGGCCGCGGCCUUCGGCGCCGGCGGCGACGACGACGACCCCGCGCUCCAGGCCGCGCUCAUGCAGGCGCGGCAGGACGACGUCGACCGCGCGUCGAGCUACGCGCGCCGCCAGGCCGAGGAGGACGCGGAGCUCGCGGAGGCCAUCCGCCUCUCCGCGCUCGAGGCCGCGCCGCCGCCGCCGGCCGAGGAGGUCCUCCUCAGCGACGCCGCCGCGCCGGGGUCGAGGCCCCGCCGCGUGCGCCGCGGCGACGACGACGCCGACGUGCCCGCGGCGCGGAGCGCGGCCUCGAGCCGGGCCAAGGCCGACUGAGCCCGCGGUCGAUGUUGAAUUCAAAAAUCUAACACAUCUUUUGUUUG